UUUUGUUUUCUCCAUUUUUCUUAUUUCAAAAACAAAAACUUAAUUUAAUUUUCAAUACUUGUUCAUUUCAUUCAUUCAUUCAUUCAUUCAUUGUUUUCAUUCAUUGUUUUCAUCGAUUCCAAUCUAAAAAUAUCGAAUAAUUUUUCUUAAAACAAAUAAAAAUUCCAUAUGAUUGUUGACAAAGUCGUCAAACGAUUAACAUCGUAAAUACGCAACAAAUUAAACAAACUACCAAAUAAAAAAAAAACAAGUUAUUUUUUCUUUAAAUAUUCCACUAAAUUAUCAAUAUUAACAACAAAAAAAAACAUUUGGUUUAUUGCUCUGAGAAUUCCAAUCCGAAAAUGAAUACCGAUCAAUGUAAUGGUUCAUCAUCAACGCAGGAAACGAAAAAAAUCGUACGUGUUUGGUGUGAUGGAUGCUAUGAUAUGGUACAUUUUGGACAUGCUAAUCAAUUACGUCAAGCUAAAGCAAUGGGUGAUUGUCUAGUCGUUGGUGUUCAUUCGGAUGCCGAAAUUAUUCGUCAUAAAGGUCCACCAGUUUUCAAUGAACAAGAACGUUAUAAAAUGAUUCGGGCUAUUAAAUGGGUAGAUGAAGUUGUUGAAGAUACACCAUACAUUACAACAUUAGAAACAUUAGAUAAAUAUAAUUGUGAUUUUUGUGUUCAUGGUAAUGAUAUAACUGUUGAUGAAAAUGGUCUUGAUACAUAUCGUUAUGUAAAAGCUGCUGGUCGUUAUCGUGAAUGUCAACGUACUGAAGGUGUAUCCACUACCGAUAUUGUUGGACGAAUGUUAUUAAUGACCAAAACACAUCAUCAAAUUGAUUCGAUGGAUGAAAAUGAUCUCGUCAAACAAACCAAACAAACAUCCGAACAUGCUGAACAUAUUCGUCGUGAUUCAACAACACAUAGUCCAUAUACGGGAAUUUCACAUUUUUUACCAACAACUAAAAAAAUUAUUCAAUUUGCCGAUGGAAAAGAUCCAAAUCCAAAUGAUAAGAUAAUCUAUGUUGAUGGAUCUUUUGAUUUGUUUCAUAUUGGUCAUUUGGAUUUUCUUGAAAAAGCACGAGCAAAUGGUGAUUUUCUUAUUGUUGGAUUACAUUCUGAUUCGGUUGUAAAUCGAACACAAGGUCGUAAUUAUCCAAUAAUGAAUCUUCAUGAACGUGUUCUAUCAGUUUUAGCUUGUAAGUACGUAAACGAAGUGGUUAUCGGUGCACCAUAUACAAUCACCAAAGAAUUAUUAGAUCAUUUUAAAGUUGAUCUGGUCAUACAUGGUAAAACAACAAUAAUGAAAGAUUGUGAUGGUAAUGAUCCAUAUCAAAUACCAAAACAAUUAAAUAAAUUUAAACGUAUCGAUAGUGGAAAUAAAAUGUCAACAUCAACAAUUGUUGAUCGUAUUAUUAAGAAUGCAAUGCAAUAUACAAUACGUAAUUUGAAAAAAGAGAAAAAAGAAUUGGAAUUGUUUCAUAUGCUUACGAAACAUUCAUCAUCAUCAUCAUCGUCAUCAUCGUCAUCAUCAUCAUCAUCAUCAUCGAAUGAAAAUUCCGAUGAUAAUAAUAAUAAUAAUAAUCUGGAUGAUGAAAAAGAUGAUAAAUGGUGUUACAACAAAUGA